UCGUCUGGUUGUGAAUCAAACACCAAUCAAUAAUCAAUAAUGAAUGAAACACUGACAGACAGGAAGUAGUUUUAUUGCAGCAGGGUGUGUCCAUCAGCUGACUGAUCAUGUUAUUGAUUAUAUUAUCAAUCAGUCAUCAAUAACACAGAUCUGUUUCUGUUUAAUGAACAUUCAUUAAAACUUUAUUUAAUAAACACGACGACACAUUAGUGUUUUAUAUUAAACUGAUUUUACAAGUUGUUGUGAUUUUAAGUUUAGAUUUGAGUUUCUAUAUUUUAUAUUUACUUUACAUUUUGUCUUCAUAAUAUCUUAUAUUGUAUAAGUUGUUAUGCUAUUUUUUUUCAGUAAUAGUGUGUUUCAGUGGAGGUCUCACUCCUCUCUGACUCCAGUGUUUCAGCAGAGGUCUCACUCCUCUCUGACUCCAAUGUUUCAGCAGAGGUCUCACUCCUCUCUGACUCCAAUGUUGCAGCAGAGGUCUCACUCCUCUCUGACUCCAAUGUUUCAGCAGAGGUCUCACUCCUCUCUGACUCCAGUGUUGCAGGAGAGGUCUCACUCCUCUCUCACUCCAGUGUUUCAGCGGAGGUCUCACUCCUCUCUCACUCCAAUGUUUCAGCAGAGGUCUCACUCCUCUCUCACUCCAGUGUUUCAGCGGAGGUCUCACUCCUCUCUCACACCAGUGUUGCAGCAGAGGUCUCACUCCUCUCUCACUCCAAUGUUUCAGCGGAGGUCUCACUCCUCUCUGACUCCAGUGUUUCAGCGGAGGUCUCACUCCUCUCUCACUCCAAUGUUUCAGCGGAGGUCUCACUCCUCUCUGACUCCAGUGUUGCAGCAGAGGUCUCACUCCUCUCUCACUCCAGUGUUGCAGCAGAGGUCUCACUCCUCUCUCACUCCAGUGUUUCAGCGGAGGUCUCACUCCUCUCUCACUCCAAUGUUUCAGCGGAGGUCUCACUCCUCUCUGACUCCAGUGUUGCAGCAGAGGUCUCACUCCUCUCUGACUCCAGUGUUGCAGCAGAGGUCUCACUCCUCUCUCACUCCAAUGUUUCAGCGGAGGUCUCACUCCUCUCUCACUCCAGUGUUUCAGCAGAGGUCUCACUCCUCUCUCACUCCAGUGUUUCAGCAGAGGUCUCACUCCUCUCUCACUCCAAUGUUUCAGCAGAGGUCUCACUCCUCUCUCACUCCAGUGUUUCAGCAGAGGUCUCACUCCUCUCUGACUCCAGUGUUUCAGCGGAGGUCUCACUCCUCUCUCACUCCAGUGUUUCAGCAGAGGUCUCACUCCUCUCUCACUCCAGUGUUUCAGCAGAGGUCUCACUCCUCUCUCACUCCAAUGUUUCAGCAGAGGUCUCACUCCUCUCUCACUCCAGUGUUUCAGCAGAGGUCUCACUCCUCUCUCACUCCAGUGUUGCAGCGGAGGUCUCACUGACUCGAGUGACAUCACAUGAGGCCGUUGAUCAGACUUCAAUCAGGAGAUGUCUAAAACUUAAUAACAGUGUUUUUAUGGAGACAGCUGCAGACCACAGCUCAUCAUGUAAUGAUCUGUUUGUUUGUUUGUUUGUUUUCAUGUGAUGUCUCUCUCUCUCUCUCUCUCUCUCUCUCUCAAUUCAAUUUUCAAUUCAAUAAGCUUUAUUGGCAUGACUGUAGAUUAACAAUAUUGCCAAAGACAUUAAAAUUUACAAAUAAAGUACAAUAAUAAAAGUAAGUCAGAAAACUAUAAAAAAAGAUUAAAUAUAUGAUAUAUAA